AUCAAAUCAUCUUACUCUUUCUCAUUCCUCAUUCUUCUCCAUUUUCUUUCCUUUAUUUUUUUUUUUAAUCAGUAUUCAAGUCAUGGCCCAGAACGACGCUUACGACUUCCUCUUCAAGAUCGUCCUCAUUGGUGACUCAGGUGUCGGCAAGUCAAACUUGCUCAGCCGCUUCACUCGUGGUGACUUCAACCUUGAAUCAAAGUCCACCAUCGGUGUUGACUUUGGCGCUAGGACUGUUCAAGUCGAAGAUGGCAAGAUGAUCAAGGCCCAGAUUUGGGAUACUGCUGGACAGGAACGUUAUAGGGCUAUCACCUCAGCCUACUACCGAGGUGCUGUUGGUGCCUUGUUAUUGUAUGAUAUCACUCAACAUGGCACCUAUGAAUCUGUCUCAAGGUGGCUAUCUGAAGUUCGCGAGCAUGCGGAUUCAAACAUUAUCAUCAUGUUGGUCGGUAACAAGUCUGAUUUGAGACACUUGCGCUCCAUCCACACAGAGGAGGCCAAGAAUUUUGCAGAAGAGAACGGUCUUAUGUUCAUUGAGACUUCUGCUUUGGAUGCCACCAACGUUGAUAUGGCCUUUACCAGACUGUUGACUGAGAUCUAUAAGGUGGUCACAAAUCAUAUGCCCAAGGAAGGUGGCAAGGAUGAAUUAAAAGCUGGAGGCGCUUCAAUCAGCAUAACGCCUACUCCUCAGGACAAGCCUGCCGGUAGUGGAUGCUGCUAAGGAAGAAAAACAGCAACAUAGACCUCAUGCCCUUUUUUUUUUGUUUUCUAUAUUAUUCAGUUCCUUUCCUUUGAUUUUUGUUCAAGUCGAAUGCAGAUUGUAUUUUCAAGCAUGAACAAGAUUUAGCAGCAGCCAGAUAUCGUUGUAUAUUUUCUCUCUUUCCCUCACUUCUCGUAUAUAUUCGUCCCAAUAAAACCCAGAAGAUGCAGUGCAAUGG